UAAAAGCCGGGAAGGCGGGCUGGGGAGGCGGGAGCCGCCCGGGAGCGCGCCGGAGGAGCCGCGGCGGGCCACAGCCAUGACCCGGCGGGCUGGGGGCGCUCAGCUGCUCGGCGGUCUCCUGCUCGUCGCCCUGCUCGCUGCCGGCGUCGCCCCGCUCAGCUGGGAUCCCCCGGAGUCCCGGAGCCGAGCCAGCAAGAUCCGAGUGCACCCGCGGGGCAACCUCUGGGCCACCGGUCACUUCAUGGGCAAGAAAAGUCUGGAACUCUCCAGCCCGUCCCCAUUGGGGACAGCUCCCUACACUUCCCUGAGGGACCAGAGACGGCAGCUGAGUCAUGAUCUGCUCAGGAUCCUCCUGCUAAAGAAAGCUCUGCGCAUGAGCCUCAGUGGCCUAGCACCCCACACCCAGCAUAUAGUGUCACAUUUUGAAAGAAGGGAGGGGCAUUCCCCAGAGAAGCUCCAACCCCAGACCCAGCCAGCAUCCCUGACUUCCUGAUGCACAGAACCACCAGUCCCUGGGGACCUCAGAGUCCAGGAGGCUGCUGAUGCAAAUACUGCAGGAGUGAUGCCAAUACUGGGGCAGCCAUGACAACAUUGGAAGGUGCUGAAUGGGACCCUGGUGGUGGCCUCAUCUGGAUGUAAAUCCUGAGUGCGAAUCUCUGUUACUCCAUUACUGCAAUUUCUGGCUGGGCUGCUAGGAUUAUCGCUGAGGCAGACGCAAACUAUGUUCCUGCUGUAUGUCUUGCUUCCCUGUUGAAGUUGUGAAUAAAACCCUGCUCUUUACA